AGUUCCGCGGUCGUCCGCCGACUCGUUGCGGCGCUGACGUGCGAUACGCUGAACUAGUGUUUCCACCGUGAAAUUGCCAGUGUUAUUUGUUUAUACCUACUAUGGAUUUGAUUACAUGACCUCAAGGAUUUACUAUCGAUAGUGAGGUGCACUGUAUACAUGUUUAUGAUUUGAAACUGCAAAUAUUGUAAAACGGGUCGGCCGUGUUCGUUUUUGUGCUGAAUGGUGAUUAAAAGUAAUUUACUUUGCUUUUACGGUAUAGAGGGUCGGUGCGUAUCGAUCGCAUAUUGAAACAAAGCCGUGGAUUGUUUUGGCGGCGAAGGGAAACCUGGAGCAGUUUUAGGUGUGCGAGUCUAGCUGGUAGUGCGAGGAUGGUGUUCAAGUGAUUGUUCAUUGAUGGUGCCGCUUCCGCAGUGAUAGUGUUAACUAUAGUGCUGUUAAGUGCUGAAUGGAUUGUGUCUCUUUGGGAUUGCCAUCGCCAGUCACCGAUAGAUCUAGCUGGGAACGGGCUACAAUGGUGUGUGUGUGUGCGGGGCUGCGGGGGGCGGGCGCGGGCAGCCGGCGCGCAUGGCGGCGCCAAUGAGGGAGGGCGCGCCGGCCGGCGGAGCUCGCCCCGCGCCCCCCGCGCACCACGCGCACCCCUCGCACCACGCGCACCACGCCAACUUCGAGUACGAUGACAACGAAUGGGACAUCGGCAUAGGAGACCUCAUCAUAGACCUAGAUGCCGACAUAGAGAAGACGGACGAGGCGGACGAGGCGGGCGGCAUGGCGGCGCGCGCCGAGCCGGACGCGCAGCGCACCGCGCUCAAGAUGAAGAUCAAGCGCACCAAGCCCGGCACCAAGAGCUCAGAGGCCAAGCACGAGAUCGUCAAGUCCAACGAGGUCAACGGCGAGGCGAAGACCGCCACCGCGGCCGCCGCGCCGCCCGCCGCCAAGAGGGGCUCCGGCGGCCAUCGGCGGGACAAGGCCCGCGACAAGCAUCAUCACCCUCACACGCAUCCUCACCCUCACCCUCCGCACGACGUUAACGGAGUGCCGAGGGUGCCACCGCCGCCUAACGCGCCCGGUCCUCCCGCGCCGCCGCCGGCCGCGCUACCCUCUGCUUCCGCACACGCGACGCACCAGCCGCACGCGACACACUCGUCGCCCGCGCAACCGAAGCCCGAGCAGCGCCCCGGCGCGCCGAGACUCGAACCAAAACCCUCGUCGUCGCCCGCGGCCGCGCCCGCCGCGCCUUCUACGCCGGCGCCCGCUCCGCCGGCUUCGCCCGCGCCGGCCCCCGCACUCUCGGCCAAGCCUGAACCCGACGACUCCCGACAGGAGCACAGCAGUCAGCCGCCGACUAAGAAACAAAAAACUGAAUCUAAGGAGACGGCUGAAGUAUGUGUGGGGACGUCUGUGGGCACGAUCACCGAGCCUGACUGCCUCGGUCCCUGCGAGCCUGGUACAUCGGUCACGCUGGAGGGCAUCGUGUGGCACGAAACGGAAGGUGGAGUACUGGUGGUGAAUGUGACGUGGCGAGGGAAGACUUACGUCGGGACACUGUUGGACUGUACGAGACACGACUGGGCGCCGCCACGAUUUUGCGAUUCUCCUACGGAAGAAUUGGACGCCCGGACUCCAAAAGGGCGGGCGAAACGCGGACGCGGCGCCGCGCCCACAGACAUGACGAACUUCACAGAGACGCGUUCCUCGGUCCAUAGCAAAUUAAGGAACGGCGGUGCCAAGGGACGACGGGCGCUGCCCUCACCCACACCGUUCACACCUCCAAGACCGGACUCCAAAAGAAAACGGAACUCCGAUGCCGAGGAGAGACCCCCCACUCCCAAAGCGAAACGUCCACCGCCCACAACAUCCUCUCCACCUCCUGACCCGGUGCUGCUCGAGUGCCCAGAGCCGAACUGCUCCAAGAAAUACAAGCACGCGAACGGUUUGAAGUACCACAGAUCGCAUGCACACGGGUCACCUGAUGAAGAAGACAAAGACGGCUCCAGCUCAGAGCAAGAAGAGACUGCAACGGAGCCCGCGUCACCGGCGCGGCCGCCUUCAGAACCGGCCACCCCUGCGACCCCGGUGAAAUCUCCUACACCCACUAAGUCACCUGAAGAGAAGAGCGAUAAGUCACCAGAAAAGUCUCCGGAAAAAACGGAACCAGUCGAAUCACCCCCACAACCCCGGUUCGAGGAGUUCGCGUCGACACCGGAGCCUCCUCCAGUGAACGAGCGACCGCCGACACCUUCCGCUCCGAGUACUCCCCCGCCAGAAUCUCAUCCUCCACAACAGCCGACAACACAGUUGACACAGUUCAAGGUGAAGCCACGGUCGGCACUAAUGCCGUCUGAGGAGCGAAAGUCGACGGAGUCUCCAGACGGGUCGCCGGGGAAGCGUCGUCGUCGUUCCCCGACCCCGGGCGUGCGGUCGCCCGCCUACUCCGACAUAUCCGACGAUGCGGCACCCCCGGAGGGCGCCGCUGACGCUGAACACAGAACCUUCCCGGUCUAUCAUCAGUACUACGGACAGUCGCCAUACCUGCCGCCGUCGCAUCCUGCCACCGCGCCUCCCACGGAUAAGGGGAAAGAAGACCUGUCAAAGGACCCCAAAGCUGACCUUAAGGACGGUAAACCCGAAGGUGGUUCGCAGAAGGUGUUGCCUCCCCACUUCUAUCCCUACAACUAUGUCCCAAAUUUUCCCUACAACGUGGAAUCCGGCCCCCCUCCUGGAGCACCCCUAGAUGACAAAUCCAAAGAAUCAGAUCGUUCGAAAACAACUCCCAGUCCGUUAGACAAGAGUAAACAGUCGAGGAACUCGGACGCAAAGGACCCGUCGAGGCCGAAUGAAAACCAUCAAAUAUUGAAAGAGAGUAUAGAAAUGAAAGCUCAAAUGGGACCCUACGCCUUCCAACGACCGCCGCACGCGAGGGAAGAGGAAUUAAGGAGGUAUUACAUGAGUCUCGACCAACGUCGUAAGGAAGGUGGCGAUGGGAAGCAGGUGGGUCCCGGCGCGGCCUCAGGGGGGGGAGUGAGACCUCAACCAGCACACAAACCCAAGGACAAGGAUGACAAGCCCAAAGAGGAAGUUAAAGUGAAGCAGGAAGGCCAGAAGCCGACGACGGAGACGCAAGGUCCGCCUCCGCCCCCUACCUCCCAGUACUAUCUCCCGCCAUACAUGCAACCGCCGCACUACGGAGCUUUGCCCUUCGACCCCGUGUACCGCGCGCCACUCAGCCCGAUGCUAGUGCCGGGCUUCGGCGGCGGCUGGACCGUGCCUCGCUAUCACGCGCCCGAGGACCUGUCUCGGCCGGGGGCACCGGCUAAAUUGGAACUGCUACCUGGCCACGGGGCGCAGUACUACGGGCCGCACGCUCCUCACGCCCCUCACGCUCCGCACGCGCCUCACGCGCCGCCACACAAGAUACACGAACUGCAGGAACACGCGAAGUCUCCUCAGGGCAAGCCGCCGCGGCCGGAGCCGCCCAAGGACGCCCCUCGGUCUCCGCCCCCGCAGCGCCACGUCCACACGCAUCACCACACGCACGUAGGACUCGGCUACCCGAUAUACCCGCCGCCAUUCCCUGGGGCCCGAUAGCAUUCGGCCGAUAAGCGGCCAAGCCCCGCACACGUCUAACUAAUCCCAAUAGAAAGAUGUCAUUCUUCAAUACUAACGGGAUGUGGACGUAACGUUGUGAAGAGUUUAAUAGAAGAUUGUGUGUUCCAGCGGCAGCCGUACUGGCGAGUACCCAGGCGGUAGUCAACUCCUUCCCGACGCCGCCAAAAUGAGAAAAAGCUAAAGGAAAGCUCACAAGUCCCCAGCCGACCUCACAAUCCCGAGGAUUCGAAAGGAAUCGACGCACGUGAGACGAAACUCGCCUGCCUGCGACCGGAACUGACGUAUACAAACUACGUACCGGACUAUACGGUGACCACGUGACCGGACAAAAACUAUACGGGAAUGUGUGUCGCCGCGGACUGAUCUCCAGUGAACCCGAGUGUAUGUGAUGUGCGUUGUUUGAUACAAAGUGAACUCAGAGGUUAGCCGGACCUCGUGUCGUGUGACUGACUGUUUUGUGGGCGAUCAGAUGGUGAAUAGUUAAGGGACGAUUGAACAUGGACUCCUGUCAGCUCGUACGGAGCUUACCUUAGGUCGACUAGUGAGAGCACAAACUAGUUCUGUAUAUAUUAGAAUGAUAUGUAAAUUCCUUACUAUAUUAGUGUUCAGCGUCGGUUAUUGUAAUAUA